GCCAAACCGGAAAAGCUAGUGUGGACUUUUAGGGCCAGCUUCAUGGAAAUGCUGUUUCAUACUCCAGGAAGGGUUUGUGGAUGAGCCCCUGGACCAGCUGGCAAGCGUUCGAGUAGAAAAACAAGGAGGAGGCAACAUUGGUGCAUUGUACAAUAUGGAGCUCAGACUGACAAACCUAGCAUGUAGAGUUUUACUAUGUGGAUUUACGUUAAGUGUUCUUUUUGGUACGCCUCCCAGUGCAGCAAUAGACGUGUACACCCCUCCAGAGCUGCUGGUGGAGAACGGCACCACAGGGGUCCUCAGGUGCUCCUUCAGAUCUCGGGAGGUGAUCAGCAGCCAGGCGUCGGUCGCUUGGAACUUCCGUCCGCACGGAGCAGAUCCCUCCAACUCAGGAAUUUCGAUAUUCUACUACAGUGCUGGGAAGGAGUUCCAGGGAAGCUUGCCCCAGUUUGUAGAUAGAAUCAAGUGGGUGGGAGACCUGAACAAGAAGGAUGUCUCCGUCCAGCUGCUGCAGGCUCAGUUCAACGACAACGGCACCUACUUAUGUGACGUGAAGAACCCUCCCGACAUAUCAGGCUCGCCCUCUCGCACGGAGCUGAAAGUCGUUAUGAAAGAGUCCCUCCCUCUGACCAGUACAGGUGUCAUAGUGGGGGCUGUGUUCGGUGCUGUCAUUGGUCUCAUCCUUAUCGCCUUGGUUACCUGCCUGAUCAUUAAGAGGCACCAAACCCAACAUGACUACGAGGGCUGCACGUCUGUGGAGAGUAUGAGCUCCCGCGCGGCGCGCCCGGGGAAGAAGCCGGCAUCAAGCUCAGAGGGUUCACGUUGCAGCAGCCCCUCUGCCCCGCUGCAGGUAGGAGCUGGCCCGGUGAUCUACGCCCAGUUAGACCACUCAGGAAGCCAGAACCCCAACUCCUUCCACAAGAUGGAGCCAGUGGUCUAUGCUGACAUCCGGAAAAACUAGUACCUGGUGGGGUGUGAGAGGGAGCAGAAAGGGACAGACCACCGUAGCUCGCUGCUGGGGGCAGGGGGGGUGGGGGGGGGGGGGGGGGGGGGAGGGUGGACUAGUUGAAGAUGCUGUUUCAUGUUCAAAAUGUUUAAGUUCUGUCUGCUGAAAGCGUUACAUAUGCAUGUGUGAUCAAAAAAUCAUGUAUUCUAAGGCUUAAAAUCAUGAAAAAAAAAUUACCCUCCUAUUUCACUAUAUUACUGUGUAAAUAUGUAGGAUUGACUUGUUUUAUAAAUACAGGGACCAUGGAAACAAACUAUGAUUUAAUUCCAAAUAUAUCUUGCGAAAGUCAUACCAGUUGAAGAUCUGACGUCUUAAGAUAUUAUGGUACAAAACCAGUAAUACAUUUUUGAUGGUGUAGAUUAGAAUGGUUAUGGGUAUUACUUGUCUUUUUAUGCUUUACUGAAACUUUGCCUGUUACUCCUCUCAAGAGCAAGUUCAAAUGAAAAACUUAACAAAUGAAUGCAAACCUAUUCCAAAUGUGUCUCCAGAUUAUGUACACUGUUUUUGCAUGUAAUUUAUUUACUAACCAACACUUUUCAUGUGAAAUACUUCAUGUCUUAUGAGAGCAGUUUAAACAGGGCUCUGUAGUGUAGUUUGACUGUUAUAGAAUGCCUCAAAGCCAUUCCUCUUCCAUCUUGUGGAAGUUAUGGGCCAAAUAUCAUCCAUUAACACUUUGUUUUUAUUACUGUGCUUUUGAACUGGUUUUGUGCUUUAAAAUGCAUUUAAAUGUAUUUUGCUGGAUUUUAUUUUUAAUGCUUAAAUGCCAAAUGUAUCUUUUCCAUUGAGUUACAGUCAUCCGUUUGCGUCAUGAAUCAGUUUGAUCCUAAACUCUUUUUGAUCAUUGAUUCCUGAUGCAGUUUCCCCCACCUCUGAUAAACAUUUGUGAAUAAGAUUAGUUCUAAAGUAUAGUGCUACUUACUGUAAUUAUUUUCUCUAUACUAAGCCUAAAUGAUUUCUUGGCUCAAGGAACGUCUAUAGAGCGAUUCAGAAUUCAAAAAGUUUAUAUUGUUUAUCAUGUUGUUUGUCCAAAGUAUUAGUAUUAUUAUUAUUAUUAUUAUUUUUGCAUGGCUUGUGCUUCUCAUAGUCCUCUUCUACUGGCCCGUGUUAGGUGUUUGUGAUUGUAUCUUUCAUAUCUUGGCAGUUUCUUGGCAUUCAUCUCUGACCACGGCAAAUAUCAUUCCUUUAUUACCAAGCUGCCAGCUUCAUCUGUUGUGAAAAAAGAAUGUUUGAGAGUCAGGAAUGUUAGCUUAAGGGCAUCGCUAAAGAAUGCUGGACUUCUUAACAUUCCAUGUUGUGCUUAUGUAGUGAUACAUGUGUACUUUAUAUUGUGGUAAUACUCAAAAAACUUAAAAAAAAACGUUUUAAGCUCUAGAAAUUACUGUGUGACAUCAUUUGGAAGAGUACUGUUUUAAAUACCCAUUCCUAUGCUGAGGCUUGUCUGUUAAGUAGCUCAUUAUACUCGGAGUGUCCAGGCCAGUAGUAGCACCUUCCCAACCCUGAGCUGCAGUCUGCCUGCCUGUCUCAUGGACACUACCUAACCCUAACCCAACCAUCCACAGCUGCCGGCCCUGGCUGACUGCCGUCAUUGGUCUGGUAGUGGAUCUCUACUUAGUGGAUCUCUGCUGUCAUUGGUCUGGUAGUGGAUCUCUACUUAGUGGAUCUCUGCUGUCGUGUUUGUCGAGCCGCUCCGGCCUUCUGGCAGGAGACAGUAUCCUGCUGGAAACAUCUGUUAGCUAACGGAGGCAGUGUUGAUGUUUUGAUAUUCUGUCAAAACGUUGCUCUACUUGUGUUCAUAAGACCCAGUGCUGUUAGUUUGUAAGUGCUGUUCUACAUCCACAUUCAAAGCAUGUCUUGGACUCACUAUACCAUUUCCAAAGGCACUUAAAUCUUUUGUCUUCCACAAUAUUCUCUGAAUGGUCCAUGGAGACAAUCCAUGUCAUGUCAUUGUGUUCAGGCUUCUAGAUUCUUCCAGAUUAUGUCUCAUCCCUGUUUGUAUUGAUGGAAGAGAGAGAGAGACACAGAGAACGACAGGGAGAGAGAGAGAGAGAGAGAGAGAGAGAGAGAGAGAGAGAGAGGGACACAGACGAAGAGAGAGAGAGAGACACAGAGAAUGACAGCGAGAGAAAGAGAGAGAGAGAGGGACACAGAGGAAGAGAGAGAGACAGAGAGUACGUGGACACAAGGUCCGAGUUCCCUGGAUUCACCUGGUCCCUGAAGAGCAGGUGUACCUAUGUAUUGGACACUCUGUGUAUAAUAAGUGGAAUCAUUUUAUGCUUGUUUGUAUCUCAUAUCUUAAAUUGUUGCACAAUCUGCACUAUGUCUUGUGUGUGUUUUGUAAAACUACGAAGCACUGUGAUUUAAUUUUUCUUCCCAGCUUCUGUUUGAUGUCGUAAAACUGGAAUGUAGAACAUUUAGUGCCUUUGCAUUUCAUCUACUAACUUGAACACCUGCUUAAUAUGGAAAAGAUAAGAUACAUUUAUUUUCCUUUGUUACUUUUAUACACACUCCUUUGUAUCUGAUGGUCUGAUUUUAUAUAAAAACUAAAAACUUCCCAACUUCA